AAAAAAAAAAAAACUCAUUUUGCUUCUUUUCUUUUCGUUUUCUUUUUCUCUAAUCACAAAAUGAUGACUAGUAAAUUUGUUAACUAUGUACUUUUCCCAGCUACAACGAUUGGGUUGAUUGGAACAGUUAUGGUUCGUAGUAAAGCAAGUCCUUCUAAAGCACAUACACAAUUUAUGAAAUCAAAUGAUGUUAAUACACAGAAUCAUCAACAGUGGAAGCAACUGAAUGAUGGUCUUGGUGUAAAUGAUGUUGGAAGAAGCUGUGGAGGCGUUUAAAACAGAAAGAUAGCUUAUAUACAUACAUUCAUAAAAAUAUGCAUUUUAAUUCAAAUAAGAAACAUACGUUGGAUAAAGCAAUAAAAUAUAUGUAUUUGUUUAUUAUGUGAAAACAAAAAAACAUACACACACUAUAUUUAUGC